AUGGUUUCAUUUGCUUCACCUCUUUUUUGGCAAAUUAAUUACUUAGUAACAAAUCUUAAUAAGAAGAAUUUCAAGUCAAAUGUGGCCGAAUUAAACCAGCUUGUGGAACUUUAUGGUGAAGAUGCACGUAUCUUUUUACUCAAUUGUCUUGUAAAAGAUAUUGAUUUCCGAAGUCAAAAGGAUUCACUUAAGAUUCAAUUACUGACACAUGAAGUUGCUCAAGCAUCUUCACGUCCUAAUUUUACUACUUUUAUUUGUGAGGCAAUUGAAGGACGUUCAUUAGACUCGACGGGUAGUAGUGAAAAACGUCAUGUGACAGAAGAGUUUUUGCAACUUUUCUGCAAGACGCUGAAGCUCAGUCUUCCCCAGCAAGUGACAGUUGGCCUAGCCUUUGCCCAAGGCGAGAACUCUAUUAACGCUGGCGAAGCCAUUCAGUUCCUGCGUUCUAAGAUCCCGGAAAUCUCAUCCUGUAGCACGAAAUUACCCUCGGACGUUCUCCACUCGCUUAUCUUCGUCCUGCGCAUGAAGAAAGAGUUCCACGUGAAAAUUGCCGAGACUGAUUCAUUUCUUGCUAGCAUAUCUUCAGCUCAUCCGAACGACAUGGGUUCGUUGGAGAUAGCUCCGCUCAUCAUGGGUAACCUCGAGCACGUCGACUGUGAGCCUGUAACCGACUCGGACUCGCUCAGCAAGCUCAUUUCGGAUGUCUCUUCAAGUUGUCUGUUUUAUGAAUUGAUGGAAGAUGUUGGCUACUCUUGUACGUCGUCCACACAAACAUUUCGCACCCUCCUGGCUGAGGCUGGACUUGCAAUGGCUUCUACGAUCCCGCCGGCGCAAGUUGCAGGAAUGCUGGCAAUGCUUUCGCGAACGUACACUGCAUUGGAUGCGGCGCAAGGUGCAACCCUGAUGGCGAACCUUACGAUUGAUUUCGAGGCAACUCCGUUAGACGAAGCAGCUGCAACGCCUAUUCGGGAAAACUGGGACCUUGACGUUAUUGCAGACGUGUUGCAGAAAGAUUAUGGCUCGAUCAAGUGGCUCAAGGUGGCGGAAAAGUUGGACCGUGUCGACCUCAACAUUCAAAAUGUAUCUCAGCUGCGUGUGCUAAUUAUGGCAUUCCAGCGGUUUUCGCAAACCAAGUUUCGCUUGACGACAUUGCUGCGUCCAUGGAAGAACUGUCGUGCGCACAUUAGUAUCCUGAAGGCAGCUGUUGAGGCGCCACCGGAAGUGCUCUCAUUUUCCGAAUCCCCGCACAAACUUGCACCUUUUGAAGGCGCCGAUGCUUCAGCUGUCCCCAAGAAUGGUGUGUGGUUUUCAUUAGAUAUUGUGGACACACUGCUGCAGGUGUCGGAGCAAGAUUGUUACGGUGACGUGCGCAAGCUCUUGGAUGGGGCCAUGAAGACGUGUCCUGAUGUUUUGAUCGCCAACUUGGCUCAGGCUUCACCGCGUUGGAAUGCGCUGCGCGACGAUAUGUUCUCGGAGCUCUUUAGCACGUACAUUAUGGGGCGCCCUAAUGCACCACUUAUCAUGCGCCAUUUAUGGUCCAUGGCGCCAAAGUUAGUGUUAUACGCAAUCAUCCACUCGAACUAUUUUUCCUUUGCCUUGGCGCUUGCUACAAUGGGAGCCAACCAUGAUGUGCUAAAUUUGGAGACGUGGUUGGUGGAGCGCUUGGCAUCGCAAAGGACGGCAUUUGCGACAUCAUGCCUUGCCUUUGUGCACCGCAACUACGCUCGUGCCGUUCCGAAAAGCAACAUUACCCCACAAUCCAGUCAUGUACUGUCUAUUGAGUCAGUGGCGACUAUUCUAAAGUGUAUCAUGGCGGUGCAGGGGGCGCUGCCCGUUACUAUCGCACAAGAACUCAAGCGUAUUAUUACCCUUUGCAUGGAGGCCCACCCUGUGAUUUCAGCAUCCGCGCAUCCGUCUGGAGAAGAAGCCAUCGAUCACGCACCAGGGGCGGUGGGAGCUACCGUUGGCAUUGCUACUGGUGCUGUAGCAGCUGCAGGAGCUGGAGCUAGAAGCGAGCCGACAUCAUCGGGUGCAGAGGCUCCGUCUUACACGGCAGAAAUGAUUGAGGAACAGGCGAACGCUUACUUCCAGCAAAUUUAUACAUCGGAGCAAAAUAUUAACGAUGUUGUAGCAAUGCUGAAACGCUUUCAAGGUUCUCGCGACGAGCGUGAGCGGCAGAUCUUCUAUUGUAUGAUCCAUAAUCUUUUUGAUGAGUACCGAUUCUUUCCGCGGUACCCGGAGAUGGAGCUACGCAUUACUGGCGUUCUCUUUGGCAAACUCAUUGAACACCAAGUGCUUCCACCAAAUUUUCUCCAGACUGCAUUGCGUUCUGUGCUGGAAAGCCUUCGUGAGCCUGUGAACUCGAAAUUCUUUUUCUUUGGUGCCUGCGCGCUUCAGCAAUUUGUUCCGCGGUUGCGAGAAUUGCCCGCAUACUGUACGAACCUGUCGCAGAUCCCUCACCUUCAACAUGCAUUGCCAGAGAUCAUGCGCCAAGUGAAUCAAGUAACUCGCUCAAUAGCACUGUCAGGACCUUCGCAAGAUACGAGUGCCGAAAGUGGAUUGUCUUUGUUGGGUAGUACGUUACCGCCGUUAAGUGGUACUGGCGAUGGAGACGGAACGACGAGACUAAGUAGUAGUGCCGCAUCAUUCGGUGCUGGCUCACCGCCACCUGAAGGAUCUGGUGCAAAGGGUCAAGACGAGACUGCGUUGGGUAUUCAAAUUCCAGCAUCGAUCUUAAGUCGGUCAGCAGGUCCGUCACUGGCAUCUCCUUUGCCCAAGUUACCAGCUGCCUCGCCACCGCCUCCUGCAGCCCCUGCACCAGAGUUGAAGGUGAAUCAUAUUUUCCACGAGUCGGUGAUGGUGGAUGAAGACGAGGCUGUCGAGCAGCCUGACGAAAACGUUAAAGAUCGCAUACACUUUAUUGUGAACAAUAUGUCCAUAUCCAAUUUGGAGGCGAAGAUUUCGGAGAUGCGCAAGAUGCUGCUGCCUGUGUAUCAUGCCUGGCUCGCGAACUACUUGGUGGUAAAGCGCAUUUCAACCCAGCCGAAUUACCACACGGUUUACUUGAUUUUUGUCGAAAAACUUGUUCGACCAGAACUUGAGCGUGAGAUUCUGAAGCGCACCCUUCAGAAUACACGGAAGCUGCUAACAUCAGGAACGAUCACUACCAACUCUCAGCAACGCUCGUUACUGAAAAAUUUAGGCUCGUGGCUAGGUGUCUUUACUCUUGCACGUAACAAGCCCUUGCUGCAACGCGAUUUAGACUUGAAGGAGUUAUUAUACGCGGGCUACGAAACUGGCCAUCUCAUCGCCGUGACACCAUUUGUUGCCAAGAUUCUGGAAGGUUGCAAGAAGUCGAAGAUCUUUAAGCCGCCAAACCCGUGGGUUAUGGGUCUUAUCCAUGCCAUGAGUGAGAUCUACGAUGUUCCGGACCUCAAGCUUAACCUCAAGUUUGAAAUUGAAGUUCUUUUCAAGUCGUUUAAGCUAAAUGUGGAGGAUCAGCGCAAGGCACAUCUUUUGCAUACGCGUCGUGCACCGCCGCGUACGGCGAACCCUGAUUUUAAUGUCAAGGUCCCGAAGAACUCAGCCAUGGGGCAGCGAUCUGCGACGCCUCCGCCUAGCUUGGGAGCGAAGCUCGAUCGACCCUUGACACCAGGAAGACAAAUGAAAAAGGCGGGUGAUGGGUUUGUGCCCGCGGGAAGUCCGGCUGGGAGAGAUGCAGUCCCCUAUGGCUCGCUUGGCGCAGCUAAUGUUGGUUCUGCGGCUGCGGAGUCAACUGUGAUUCCGAACCUAGCUUCGUAUGUCGCUGUAAACCCUGAGCUACCGCUGCGUAACGUUAACUUGCGUCGCCUUGUACCCCUUGCCGUGGAUCGUGCUAUUCGUGAGGUGAUCUCACCUGUGGUGGAACGCAGUGUAACAAUUGCAUGCAUUACUACGCGCGAGGUGAUUUUGAAGGACUUUGCCACAGAAUGUGAUGAUGCAAAGAUGCGUAAGGCGGCGCAUUUGAUGGUGGCGUCAAUGUCGGGAUCGCUGGCACUCAUUACAGCAAAGGAACCGCUUCGCAAUGCCAUUGGUACGCACCUCCGUGCUCUGCUUCCUACCAAUGCUGGGGAUCCGCAACAGCUUGAGCAUGUCAUCCAACUUUGCUCUAACGAAAAUACAGACUUGGGCUGCAUGCUAAUCGAGAAAGCGUCAUCUGAGAAAGCCAUGCGCGACAUUGAUGAAGCUCUUGCAGGCGCGUAUGCAUCACGCCGGCGUUACCAGCAGCAGCAAGCGCAUGCUGGUACGACACAAGAGGCCGAUGGAGUGCACUUCUUUGAAGGCAGUGCAAGUAGCACGGCAGUAGCUGCUUCCGUCGGUUCGUCGGGCGCUCCUAGUGGUCAGUGGCCGGCAGCUUUACCGGAAGUGUUUAAGCCCAAACCAGGCGGAGUUCCGCCCAUGCAACUUGUGGUAUACGAGGCGUUCCAACGCAUUCCACGACCCACUUCCAUGCCUCUUUCGUCUCGUGCCGGUGCUGGUGUAUAUCCAGGUGGCGUGACCGAGAAGGAAGGAGACACUGCUGGUGUGAGCGUGACGGCAGCUUUGGACCGCUUUGCUGGACUGUUGGAGCGUUUUGAGCUAUUCGUGCAGAAAGUGGUUCGCCAGGCUGCGGCUACCCAGCGUGAGCUUCCGUCGCUGCUGGCUAUUCCUGCAGAAAGCGAGGUGUUUUCCGUUCUUCGUGAGUUUAUGUACGAGCUGGGCAACGGUGGCCGAGGCAAUGAGUUAUUUUUGGAAAUUCUUGUGAGCUCGUUGGAGGCGCUGACUGCUAGCUGUGAGACGCUUUGCAAAGAAAUUGUGGGCUGGGUAUUGCGCGCGCCAGUCGAUGACAAGCUAAAGCUGCACUGUGAAAUAAUUGUGGCCCUCAUCCGCUACAAGGUGGUGGAUGCAAGUGAGUUUGACUUGUACAUGGCGCGCAACAUGGAGCGCAACAGUGUAGCGAUCGAGUUUGCUGUUCACGUCGUCCGCCAAUGCCUGAUGAUGGACCACGUUGGUGUCGCUACUCAUUUGUCAAACACUCUUGAAGCCCUUGCACGCAUUGUGGAGCGUCACGGAGGUGCUACCGCGAAUAAGAAUGUGCAGAUUCUUGCUGCAUUACUGGAGCAAGCGCGCUCGCAAAAGAUGCAAAAUCGUAUGGUGCCACCGGUGUCACAAAAGAGACUGGGUGUAAUUGGCAGUGGCGCUGCGAAGGUCUCUGGGGACCGGCCUCUGGUGCAGGAGCACGCUGCUUUCCGGCACACCGUAAGCAACGCUUUGGAGCACUGGAUUGCUAUCUACAAGGAGCCUACUAGAAACUCGAAGAUGCAUGCUCAAUAUCUCCAGAUGCUGAAGCAGUACGGAUUGCUUGCUGAUGACGAAAGCAUAUCGCUCUUUUUCAAGUUUGGCACGGAGCUGUGUGUGGAUGCGUGUUUGAAGAGUUCAUUUGCUGCAAGCGACGCUACUGCGCUCAAGGCAAAGGUUCCGUUGAACUAUGCGGUAUUGGACGCACUUACGCAUCUAAUGGCGCUACUUGUUAAAUUUCUUGAUUCCUCGCCCGCUGCAAAGCUCCAGGUGCUUAACCACGCUGUUGGUGCCAUUGCCAAUGUGUUAGUCGCGGCACAUGACCUCUCGCGCAAAAAGAAAGCGCCGUUCGACCAGCGCGUAUUCUUCCGUAUGUUUGUGAACCUCAUCAAGGAGCUGACAGCGCAAGAGCCGGCUUUGGAUGCGAUUCACCUCCAGGUUCUUAACACAUUUGCCAGUGCGUACAACACGUUACAGCCGCUGGGAUUGCCUGGCUUUGUGUUUGCUUGGACGGAGCUCAUCUCGCAUCGUUGUUUCAUGCCGUUGCUGCUGCGUGCGAAACAGCAGCGUGGCUGGCAGAUUUUACACCGCCUUCUUAUGAACCUGCUGGUGUUCAUGGAGCCGUUCUUGCGCCAUGCAAACUCCGGCGUGCCACUACCAGAUUCUAUUGCGGCGCUUUACAAAGGUGUGGUUCGCAUCAUUUUGGUGCUGCUUCACGACUACCCGGAUUUCCUGAGCGACUUUUACACGAGCUUUUGUGACGUGCUACCGGCCGCUUGUGUCCAACUGCGCAAUGUAAUCCUAUCGGCGUUUUCUCGCUCGAUGCGGCUGCCUGACCCACUCACCCUGGGCCUACAGGUCGCUCAACUUCCAGAAGUAAGCGUGGCUCCCCGACUAAUGCCUGCGUGGGGAGCUGCACUCACCCACAACGGCAUUAAGGAGUAUGUUGAUGAGUUCCUGCAUGCGACAGCAAACCGUGCUUCAGUAUUUCCCACGGACCUCAUUUCCAAGCUGAUACGCCCUGCUGCUCAGCUGGAGCGUGAUCCGACGUCCUGCAUGUACUCGCUGCCCGCUCUCAAUGCAGUUGUACUGUAUCUGGGCAAAGAGGGCAUUGCGGAAAUGGCUAAUGGUGGGUUUGCGCCUACGAGUCCGCCCCCGACGCCGUCUGGAGCUGACGGCAACGGAGCUUCUAGUACGACUAGCAAGUUUGAACAAAGCGCCGCUAUGGAUGUUUUCCGUUAUCUUGCAGAUGAGCUGGACACGGAAGGCCGUUACUGGUACUUCAGUUCUUUGGCAAACCAUCUGCGCUACCCAAACAGCCAUACGCACUACUUUAGCUGCGUUAUUCUGUACCUGUUCUCGUACUCCAACAAUAAGAUGGUCAAGGAACAGAUCACGCGGGUCCUCAUUGAGCGUCUCAUUGCAAAUCGUCCACACCCGUGGGGCUUGCUGGUGACGUUUAUUGAGUUGAUUAGAAACAAGAGCUACAAAUUCUGGGAGCAGGAUUACCUCGAGUGUUCAAGCGAGAUCAAGGAAGUGUUUGAUGAUGUAGCUCGUACGUGUCUCGGCUCGACCCCCGGCACAUCAAGUGCUAGUCCGUUGGCCUCACUUGGUGGCAGUACUACAAUCCCAGCUACCUCUCCUGGGACUUCGUCGUAG